AUGUACAUAAAAUUUAGCGAGAAUGAACCGUGCAAAGAGAUUCAAGCGAAACGGUUGGAUUAUUUAUCAUGGGAGGAAUACUUCAUGGCGGCCGCUUAUUUGGCUUCAAGAAGAAGUAAAGACCCUUCAACUCAAGUAGGUGCGGUAAUUGUUGACAGUGACAAAAAAAUCAUUGGUUCGGGCUAUAACGGUAUGCCUAAUGGGUGUUCAGACGAUUUGAUGCCUUGGGGAAAAAUAUCAGAGAGUUUUUUGGCAAAUAAAUAUGCAUUUGUUUGUCAUGCCGAAAUGAAUGCUAUCCUAAACAAAAAUUGUGUAUCUACCAAAGGAUGUACUAUUUACACAAUUCUUUUUCCGUGCAAUGAAUGUGCGAAACUUAUUAUUCAGUCUGGCAUAACUGAAGUAGUUUAUGCGUAUGAUAAAGCUAAUAAAAUGGAAUUUAUUGCUGCGAAAAGGAUGUUCGAUAUUGCUGGAGUGAGUUCCUUUUAUUCAUUUUCUUUAUGGUUCCUUAACGAAGAGUAA